AUGAGUGGAAAAGAGAACCCCCAGCAUGCUCAGUUUCAAUACGCGGCCAUGUCGUCGCUUGUAUUGCAAUCCAACAGGUCAGCGAGGCCAGAUGAACCAACAGGCCAGGCAGAAACCUUGGCUGGCAAAGUAACCGCAAGAGAUAUGGGUACACGAGCCACAAGAGAAACUGUGAAAGAUAAGGACAAGAAGAAGCUCAAAUCGCAGAUGGACGACGAUGGCUCUUCCACAGCCAAAAGAUCAGCUUCUAAUAAAGGCUACGGAUACAGCAAUAUUUUAGAAGCUACACAAGAUAUGGAGGGUUUGGAUUACAGGCCUAGAACAGCGGAAACCACUCAAGUCUACGAGUUGAUUCUCUCAGUCGUCCAUUCGAUACUCGGUGAUACUCCUCAAGAUACUAUCAGAUCAGCUGCCGACGUUGCCCUCGGUGUUCUCAAAGAUGAAAGCUUGAAAGAUUUCGACAAGAAACGUGAGAUUGAAGGUUUCGUCGGCCAUAUUUCUGAGGAGCUCUACUCCCAGCUGCUAGGCCUCUCCAAGAAAAUAACCGACUACGGCGAUGCAGAUGUCGUUAUGGCCGAUCCGGACGCUGAAAAGAAAGAGGGCGAGAUCGACGAUGAAGGUGUCGCACUUCUUUUCGAAGAUGAUAACGAGGAAGAUGACGACGAAGAGCGUUACGAGGUUGGUGAUGAUCAGUCAGAAGAUGAAGAGAAAAAUGAUGUCGAAGAGGAACAAGAGCAGCUUGACGAUGAUGGCAAUGCACUCGUCAUUGGCGGAGAGAAGAAACAGUCAGCUGAAUCGCGUGGCAAGCUAGCAGCCACCGACGUUGAUGCUUUCUGGCUUCAAAGAAUUAUCGCUCAACACUACCCUGACCCUGUUGAAACUACCGAGAAGACGUCCGCGGUAUUCGAUCUUCUGGCAUCUGAAGCUGGUGCAAGAGAAGUCGAGAAUGGGUUGAUGGAUCUAUUUGAUUACGAGAGAGACCUUUUUAAACUUGUUCAACUACUGCUCAUCAACAGAGAUUUGAUAUAUUGGUGCACAAGAUUAGCGAGAGCAUCCGAUGACGAGAAAAUGGAUAUUGAAGUCACAAUGCGUGAGAAGGGUGUUGGAUGGAUUCUUCGCGAGCUUAAGGGUGAAAAGCCAAAGCGGGAAACUGGUGAAAUGGCUAUGGAGGUUGAUCAGAGUAAACAAACCGUACCAAGCAAGGCUACCCUCGCUCCUGGAUCCACCGUCGCUCCAAAGCGCGUUGUAGACUUGGAUAGCAUGACUUUCUCGGCCGGUGGUCAUCUGAUGUCAAACAAGAGGGUCAAGCUCCCUGAUGGCUCAUUCAAGCGCUCGAAGAAAGGAUACGAGGAAAUUCAUGUCCCUGCUCCUAAAGUUACUCCUGUCAAGGAGGGUGAAUUGGUUCCACUUACCAAGUUGCCGGAGUGGACGAGAAAAGCAUUCCCAGGUACCAAAGCGCUCAAUAGAGUGCAGUCUAAGCUUUACCCUGUCGCUUUUGGUCAAGAUGAUCCAAUUCUGCUUUGUGCCCCAACUGGUGCAGGAAAGACAAAUGUGGCAAUGCUUACUAUUUUAAAUACAAUUUCACAAUAUAGAGACGAAGAGACUGGUGCUAUUGAUUUGGAUGCGUUCAAGAUUGUUUAUGUCGCACCAAUGAAGGCGCUUGUACAAGAGCAAGUCGGCAGCUUCAGCAAGAGACUGGAGCCAUUUGGCGUCAAAGUUAAUGAGUUGACUGGUGAUAGCCAACUCACCAAGCAACAGAUUGCUGAAACUCAGGUUAUUGUCACUACACCAGAGAAGUGGGACGUCAUCACCCGUAAAUCAACUGACACAUCGUACACUAACCUCGUAAGACUGAUGAUUGUUGACGAGAUCCACUUGCUUCACGAUGACAGAGGUCCAGUACUGGAGUCGAUCAUUGCGCGUACAAUUCGUAAAAUGGAGCAAAACAACGAAUACACGAGAGUUGUCGGUCUGUCAGCUACUCUUCCAAACUAUCAAGACGUAGCAGCAUUCCUCAGAGUGGACAUCAACAAAGGUCUCUUCUACUUUGACGGCAGUAUGCGUCCGUGUCCAUUGCAGCAGCAAUUUGUAGGUAUCACCGAGAAAAAAGCUAUCAAGCGUUUCUCCACAAUGAACGAGGUUUGUUACGAGAAAGUGUUGGAGCAAGCUGGCAAAAACCAAGUCAUUGUCUUUGUUCACUCGCGCAAAGACACUGCAAAGACAGCUAAAUUCCUCCGUGAUAUGGCCAUCGAAAAAGAUACUAUCACUCAAUUUGUCAACGCUGAUUCAGCGAGCAGAGCCAUUCUGACAGAGGAAGCUGAGAAUUCCAGUAGUGGUGAUAUGAAAGACUUGCUUCCAUUUGGUUUCGCUAUUCACCACGCUGGUAUGACUCGAGCAGACAGAAACGCAUCUGAGGAUCUUUUCGAUAAAGGACACGUCCAAGUGUUGGUCUGUACGGCUACAUUAGCCUGGGGUGUCAAUUUGCCUGCACACAGUGUUAUUAUCAAGGGUACACAGAUCUACAAUCCAGAGAAAGGUAGAUGGUGCGAAUUAUCUCCACAAGACGUCUUGCAAAUGCUUGGUCGCGCAGGUAGGCCGCAGUAUGAUACAUUCGGAGAGGGUAUUAUUAUCACAAACCAUACUGAGCUACAAUACUACCUCAGUUUGAUGAAUCAGCAGUUGCCAAUUGAGUCGCAAUACGUUAGUCGACUCGUCGACAACCUCAAUGCAGAAGUCGUUCUCGGAUCGAUCCGUAAUCGUGACGAAGCUAUUCAGUGGCUCGGCUAUACUUACUUGUACAUUAGAAUGCUGCGCUCACCAAGCUUGUACUCUGUUGGCGAGGACUAUGAUGAUGACCUUGGGCUGGUGCAGAAGCGCUCCGAUAUCGUCCACACUGCCGCUGUUCAAUUAGAUAAGGGAGGUUUGGUGAAGUAUGAUCGCAAGUCUGGAAUACUACAAGGUACUGAAUUGGGUAGAAUCGCUUCCCACUUCUACAUCACAAAUACUUCCAUGGCUGCUUAUAUGAAGAAUCUCCGUCCGACGAUGAGCUUGAUUGAGUUGUUCAGAGUGUUUGCUUUGUCCAAUGAGUUCAAACUCAUUCCAGUACGUCAGGAAGAGAAGCUCGAGUUACAAAAAUUGAUGGAGAGAGUCCCGAUACCCGUAAAGGAAUCAGUCGAUGAGCCAGCCGCCAAAAUCAACGUGCUUCUGCAAGCAUUUAUCAGUGAUUUAAGAUUAGAUGGUUUGGCAUUAGUUAGUGAUAUGGUCUUUGUUCAACAGUCAGCUGGUCGUAUCAUAAGAGCUAUUUUUGAAAUUUGCUUGAAGAGAGGCUGGGCAGCGCUCACGCGUGAUGCGCUGGAUUUGUGCAAGAUGAUCGACAAGAAGUUAUGGAAAACGAUGACUCCACUUCGUCAAUUUAAGGGUAUUCGCCAAGAUGCAUUCCAGGAAGUCGUCAAAAAAGCUGAAAGAAAGGAAUUUCCGUGGUACAGAUACUUUGAUCUUGAUCCACCAGAACUUGGCGAGUUAAUCGGUAAUCCUAAAGCUGGAAAAUUAGUGCACAAGAUGGUACACUCGUUCCCAAAGCUUAACUUGCAAGCCAAUGUUCAACCCAUCACAAGGUCGUUGCUUAGGAUCGACCUCAGCAUUCAACCUGAUUUCGAGUGGGAUGAGAAGAAUCACGGUACUUCCGAGCUUUUCUGGAUUUUAGUUGAAGAUGUCGACGGCGAGAUUAUUCUUUUCCACGACACUUUCCUUCUGCGCGAGAGAUACUCACAGGAUGAACACUACGUCACUUUGACUGUGCCAAUGUCAGAGCCUAUACCGCCAAAUUACUAUGUUACAGUGAUGAGCGAUAGAUGGUUGCAUUCAGAGACGACGCUGCCAGUCUCAUUCAAGCACCUCAUUUUGCCAGAGAAGUUCCCACCUCCAACCCCUCUUCUUGAUCUGCAACCAUUGCCGAUAUCAGCGCUGCACAACAAAGCCUACGAGAACAUUUACACUCCAUCAAAUGACAACGAAUAUGCCAUCGAGUCAUUCAAUAAAAUCCAGACGCAAGUAUUCCAAGCUCUUUACACCUCAGAUGAUAGCGUCAUUAUUGGCGCUCCUACUGGAUCUGGAAAGACAAUUUGUGCAGAGUUUGCUUUGUUGAGAUUCUGGCAAAAGAGCGGGUCUUCUAGAGCGGUUGUCAUUGAGCCAUUCGAUGAUGUCGUUAGCCAGAGAGUGGAUGAGUGGUCGCAGAAGUUUAGUCGUCUUGAUAAAGAGAUAGUCGGAUUGACUGGUGAUAUGUCUGCUGACUUGAAGUUGUUGGAGCGCGGCGAUGUUAUUAUAGCAACUCCUCAACAGUGGGAUAUGCUUUCACGUAGAUGGAAGCAGCGCAAGAAUGUCCAAAACAUAGGUCUCUUUGUUGCUGAUGAAGUUCAACUCAUUGGCCAGCCUGAUAUCGGACCAACUUACGAAAUCAUUGUGUCGAGAAUGAGAUACAUCGCCGCACAAACUGAAAAUCCCACUCGUAUUGUUGCUUGUUCAGUCUCACUAUCUAAUGCGAAGAUUAUCGGUGAUUGGAUCGGUGCUGGCUCACAAGGUAUUUUCAACUUCUCACCAAGCUCUCGUCCACUGCCAAUGGAGGUUCAUUUGCAAAAUUACUCAACGCCUCACUUCCCAUCAUUGAUGCUGUCGAUGGCCAAGCCAGCUUACUUGUCGAUUACUGAAUGGGCAGCUAGCAAGUCCGUCAUUGCAUUCGUACCAUCUCGCAAGCAGUGCUACCUCACUUCUCAAGAUAUUCUCACUUACUGCCAAGCUGAUGGUAGUGACAGGAGAUUCUUAAACAUUGAGUUGUCAGAACUUGAACCACACUUAGAGCACGUUCAAGACGAGGAAUUGAAAGAGGUUUUGAAAUACGGUAUUGCAUACUACCAUGAAGGUCUAUCUAAGCAGGACAAGGUUAUAGUAGAGACGCUCUACAAUGCCAACGCUAUACAGCUUGUCAUAGCAUCGAGAGAUGUCGCGUGGUCAAUCCCAAUGAGAUGUUUCAUGGUUAUUAUUAUGGGUGUUCAAGCAUUCGACGGUCGUGAGCAUCGCUACGUCGACUAUCCAGUCACCGACAUUCUCCAAAUGAUUGGCCGUGCAUCGAGACCAGCUCAAGAUAGCACAUCCAAAUGUGUAUUCAUGUGUCAAUCAUCUCGCAAAGACUAUUUCAAGAAGUUCCUGGCUGAGCCCCUUCCAGUAGAAUCACACCUGAAAUACGUUCUCCCAGAUCACUUCAAUGCCGAGAUUGUGACCAAGACUAUUGAGAACAAGCAGGAUGCUAUUGAUUAUCUCACUUGGACUUACUUCUAUAGACGUAUGCAGUCUAAUCCUAACUUUUACGAGUUGUCAGGUACUUCACACGCUCAUCUUUCUGACUCGCUUUCGGAGCUUGUUGAAGAUACGCUAAACCAGCUGGUUGAAGCUAAGUGUAUUACUAUUGAGGAUGAGAUGGAUACCCUGCCACUCAACUUGGGUAUGAUCGCUAGUUACUACUACAUUUCAUCAUUCACCGUGGAAACUUUCCAAUCUUCACUUAAGGCUACUACUAAGCUGAAGGGUAUUUUGGAAAUCGUCGCUAGUGCCGCUGAAUUUGAAUUGGUACCUAUUAGAAAGGGAGAGGCCAACAUUCUUCGCAGAUUAUAUGACAGAGUUCCCGUGAAGCUUGAUCGUAUCGAUUUUGAGUCACCUUACUUUAAGACAUUCGUACUCCUCCAAGCACAUUUCAGCAGGUUACAAUUACCAGCUGAUUUAUUACAAGACCAAGCAGAGGUAUUGAAGAGAGUGCUGAAUUUGCUUUCGGCAGCUGUGGACGUAAUGUCUAGUAAUGGAUACUUGGGUGCGAUUGGAGCGAUGGAUCUCUCGCAGAUGGUUGUACAAGCUAUCUGGGAUCAAGAUGUCUCUAUCAAGCAAAUACCACAUUUCAAUGAGCAAAUCAUCUCAAGAGGUAAAGAAAUGCAGAUUGAGAGUGUAUAUGAUAUUAUGGAGAUGGAAGAUGAAGAUAGGUCCAAGUUGUUGGCUGGAUUAGACAAGUUUAGGGUACAAGAUGUAGCCAAGUUUGUCAACAACUACCCAUCUAUUGAUGUGGAGUACGAUAUCGACACUAAGCAGGAUAUGAGAGCUGGUGAACCAAUACCACUCACUGUUAGAUUGAGUCAGGAUGUCGAGGAGGAUGAGGAAGUAGACCAGAGUGUAAUGGCACCAUUUUACCCAUUGCACAAGAUGUGUAAUUGGUGGUUAGUUGUUGGUGACACGAGAUCUAAAUCACUCCUGGGUAUCAAGAAGGUAUCGGUUGCGAAAUCACUCAAUGUCAAGUUAGACUUCCAGUUAGAAGAGGAGGGUACAUAUAAGGAUGUCAAGUUGUAUUUGAUCUGUGAUAGUUACAGCGGAUGUGACCAGGACUUCCAAUUACCUGAAUUAGAGGUGCAAGAAGGAUUAGAAUCAGAUGAAGAUGAAGAUGAACAAAUGUCAGAGUAA